UGUAGGUUUGUAGCGGUGAAACAAAGGCCCGAAUCCAUGACCCCCUUCCCCUCUUCGUCUUCCUCCUCUCCUCUCCAGCCCUCAGCUCGAUUGUCCGUCCACUCGACCCAACGAGCGAGCAGCACUGGAGGAGAGGCGCGGAGAGAUCAGGGAUGGUGCUGGCGCUGCUGCGGGAGAUGAAGAAUCGUGUCGCCCCGGCACCUGGCAAGGGGGACGUAAUCCAAGAUCUGGAGUUCGCCAUGCGGACCAAGGGCGACAUGACCCGAGAGGAGGAAACCAAACUCAGGCUUAUCAGUUUUCUUCCAAGUGGGGGCUUCAUCUUGGCCUCAGGAUUGGGCAGUUACAUGGGAUGGUUUGGUCUCGGCAUAGGAGCUAAAUUGGCUGGGCAUCCACCUAUGCAUGGAUUAACAAGGUUCGGCUUAUCUGCUGGCUGUGCUUUUAUGAUGGGAAAGGUGUUGUAUGAUGCAACGAUGCGUGGGUGUGCUGCAGUAGUUUUGAACAGUGAAGAUGAACGCAUGAAGAUGGAGCUAGCUAACAUAAUACUCACUAAGCAUAGCGAUGAUAAAUAUCUGGUUGAAGCUGUAGAAAGGCACUUUUUUGCUGAGCAUCUGUUCAAUGAUCUGCAUCAAGAUAGACCACUUUUUAGGUGGCACCCACGCCGUUCGUAUAUUGACAGCGCCUUUGUGGAAAGAGUGAAGGAAAUAGAAGCUAGCAAAUCCGAUGAUGAGGCCAGAUCAAUUUCUAGACAGACUACUGUAAACAUAAAAUCAUUUGGAGACUUCAUGGAGGACCCACUGGCUUGUGUACUCGGUUCUCCAGGAGGCGACAUGGAAAUCAACAAUCCCCCUGAAAACACAGGCACUGUCCUGAAGAGGAGCGAGCUGCGAGCCCGCAGGAGAGGUCACCGGCAUCAUCAUCAUCAUCGCUAUGCUGACAAGUUUGCUGCAUCGUGAAGAUUGAUCAAAAGUGUGGGUUUUUAGCUUCGAACUUCCGGUUGUGAGAAAUGAGCUGCCACAGGUUGCUGGGAUGAAUUGUUCAUUUGUGCGAGCAAAAUAAUUAAGUGUUAUGUCUGAUAUAAAUAUUGAAAUUAUCAGUCGCUACAUGAUGCUAAGAUGA